AUGGAGGUCGAUGGCAUGAAUGCCUGUAACGACUUAGUCUCAGAGUCAAAUUCGUCAGUCUGGAAAGAAAACGGUUGUCUCCAUAGAGCGCUGAAGAUCUUGGGAAGGUGUGAACAGCAGAACAGUAAUGGGGAGGCAGUCGUCUCUGGCAAUUCUGGCCAUGAUAUUAGUGAUGUGGAUGAGUCAUCAUGUGUGGGCAGUAGAGCAGCAAACAUGAAGACUGCUGUCACAGAGUUGGAUAGUGGGGUCCUCAACACGAAAGUCAGAGAUGUUGGCAGUGAACACAGGAGCACUGCGCAGGGAGGGGGCAAAGAAGGUGAAGAACGCUCACAUAUCCCAAUUACACCUUCCAGAGGGGAAGUGUCAUGUGAAGAGGCAGUGUCCUGGCACCCACUGGAUGGAGUGUCACACCAGGUAGAGUCGUCAUCACAUAGGCAGGGGCUUUGUUGCAAUCUGUAUAUCAUUCAGUUGUUUGUCAUCAUGUUUCGGCGCGGUUUAUCAGACGCAGAAAUUGCGGAUUUGAUCAAUCAUAGCGACACUCUGGAUAAUGUAGAGAGUGAUUCAGACGAUUCUGAAUGCAAUGGUGUGUUUGAAGAAGACGAGAUUGAUGACAGUUUGUCUUCAGAUGAAGACGAGAAUGAUGUUGAAGGUGUUGCUUCAAAUCCAGCAGCUGUGCCGUAUCCGAAAGACAGUGAGUGGACUGCAGUUGACACCUACCGACCUCUGCCUGUCAACACGACACCCAGGCAGAUACUAGUGGAUAUUGAUGAGUCGAGUUCUGUACUGGAUUGCAGUAAAGUGUUCCUUACUGACAGUGACGUAAAUGAACUCAAGAGACAGACAAAUUUGUAUGCAUCACAGACAAUACAGAAGAAAAGAAGAGGAAAUAAUCUGAAGCCCCAUUCAGUUUUGAGUUCGUGGAAGCCAGUGACUAUAAGUGAGAUGAGGCGUUUCUUGGGUAUUAUUUUCCACAUGUGUGUUUCGAAAAAGCCAAAAAUUGCGGACCAUUGGAGCACUAAUCCUGUUCUUAGUUGUAACUUUUGUCCCCAUGUCAUGAGCCGUUUGCGUUUCACUCAGAUACUGUCAUGCUUGCAUCUUGUUGACAAUUCAAAUCAGAAAAAACCAGGCGAAGAUGGAUUUCAUCCACUUUACAAAGUUUUGCCAUAUUAUAAUAAUUUGAAGGAGCGAUGUAUCCAGGCAUAUCGUCCCUCAGAAAAAGUGACAAUUGAUGAAGGAAUUUGCCCAUUUCGAGGUCGUGUGAGUUUCCGUGUUUACAUGCAAAAUAAGCCUCAUAAGUAUGGACUGAAAGUAUAUGCUGUUGCUGAAGCCAGUAGUGGCUAUGUUGUAAAUUUUGAAGUUUAUGCUGGUAAGCAUAUUGUUGACAAUUCUUCGUCUGCGGUUAUUUUGCGAUUGUUGUCUGACAGCAGCUUGCUGAACAAAGGCCACACUGUGUAUUUAGAUCGAUUUUAUUCCAGUCCAGAGCUAUUUCAGCAACUGGCAGAGAAAGGCACUGGAGCUGUUGGUACUGUGAACAAAUCCAGGAAAGGAUUGCCUAAAGAUUUAGUAUCUGCUAAGCUGAAAAAGGGCGAAAUGUCUUUUCGGCGUAAAGAUAAUGUAUUGGCAAUGAAGUGGAAAGAUAAGAGAGAUGUGUAUACAUUGUCUACAAGGCAUCAAGCAACAUUUGGUACGCAUACUAAGAGAAAUGGGUCUGUAGUAUUGAAACCACUUCAGGUACUUGAUUACAACCUCAAUAAAAUUGGAGUGGAUAUUGGAGACCAACGCCUGCAGUACAAUCCGUUCCAGCACAGAACUGUGAAAUGGUGGCGAAAAUUAUAUUUCCAUUUGCUGCUUAUGGGAGUAUCAAAUGCAUUUUGGCUGUACAAUGCAGUGCACAGGAAGAAAAUUACAAUAACAGACUUUAUAACAGUGCUUGCAGUUCAGCUUGUUGAAGACGACACACUUGAAUUCAUUCCAAGAAAUGAAGGAACUGUAGGUCGGCUAACAAAGAGACAUUUUUUGCAGCACAUACCUGCAACUACUAAGAAGUAUGCUGCUCGUGUGUGUCACGUGUGCAGUUCCAGGAGCAAGAAACAGAGUGGCAAGGCUUCUCGCAAAGAGACACGAUACGAAUGUGAACAGUGUGGCGUUGCACUCUGCCUGGAACCUUGCUUUAAAAUUUUCCACACUAAAAAACAAUAUGAUUCUGUGUGA